GUGGCAAGAAAAAAAAGGAUACCGUUGUUUCUCACGCGAUACGCCAGCCAAGUGCGAAGCGAGUGAAUACUAGUGCAUUACAAUCCAAUCAAUUCGAACCGCGUUCGGCUGCAUCAUUUUGUUUUUCUUUUUCCCUCUGCCGUAUCCCUUGCCGUAGCGCUUGUGUAAGGAGAAAGUGAUUUGGCAGAAUUUCGAAAACCGUCCGGGAGUUCAUCGCAGCAAAACACAAUCGACAGCAAACAAUGGAGGUCCUGCAGAAGUGUCUUGGCCAGAUCAAGGUGCCGUGCGGCAACGAUAACGUCUACAAGGAGGAGUGUGUUUACAGUUUCGACAAUCCGGAGUGCGCUACGGGGCUGUACGUAAAUUUGACGACCUUUCUCGGAUUCGGCGAACCGUAUGUGAAGGGUUAUGCGGAGAAAACUGGCAAUAAGGUGUUUCUGCAUCUGAAGCGGGAUAAGAUUGAGGUGACGGAGUCACCGGAAGAAGGACCGGAGAAGAAGAUAACAAGACUAGCGAUCGGUGUCGAGGGAGGAUUCAAUCCGUCCGAGCAGAAAAAGUACGAGUAUAAGGAGCACUAUAAGGUGGUUAUUUUGCCUGAGGGGACAAGCUUUGGGUAUCCGAAUCAGGACCUGCCGCUGAUUGUGCAGAACGCGGUAGAGGCUGUGCUUAGCGCGGAGGCCGCCUCGGUGAAACGGGAGAGAGAACAACUGACUGGUACGUGGGACGGAGAGGUACGUCAGGUUUCCCGCCAUGCGGAGAACCUGCUUCAGUUGGACAAUGGCCGGAAGAUUCCACCUACCGGGUGGAAGUGCGAGCAGUGUGAUUUGACGAACAACCUUUGGCUGAAUCUUACCGAUGGAUCGAUUCUGUGCGGGCGCAAGUUUUUCGAUGGUUCCGGUGGAAAUGAACACGCGUUGAAACACUUCCACGAGGUUGGUUACCCGCUGGCGGUGAAGCUAGGCACGAUUACCAGCGAUGGGAAGGGGGAUGUCUACAGCUACCAGGAAGACGAUAUGGUGGAGGAUCCUUACCUGGUGAAACAUUUGGCGCACUGGGGAAUCAACGUCGGUCAGUUGGAGAAAACUGAAAAAUCUAUCAUCGAGCUGGAGUUGGAUUUGAACCAGAAGGUUGGCGAGUGGGGUAUUCUGUGCGAGACGGCAAGCAAUCUGAAACCGAUUGCUGGCCCCGGAUUGACCGGAAUGCGUAAUCUGGGUAAUUCGUGUUAUCUGAACAGCGUGAUGCAGGUGAUGUUUACAGUGCCGGAUUUCGUUCAACGAUUCGUCGACGGCGGGAAGGAAUAUUUCGAUGCUUAUCCGGCUGAUCCGGCAAAUGAUUUUAACAUUCAGAUGGCGAAGCUGGGAACGGGACUGUGCAGUGGUCGGUACAGCGUGCUGACGGAAAAUAGCAUGGAUACGAUUGAUUCUGGGGCGGGAAUCGCUCCCACCAUGUUCAAAGCCUUGAUCGGAAAAGGUCAUCCAGAUUUUUCUACCAAACACCAGCAGGAUGCGCAGGAGUUCUUUUUGCAUUUAAUUAAUACCUUGCAGAAGCACAGCCGCCACCAGAUGGAUCCGGCCGAUGCUUUUAAGUUUAGCAUUGAAGAUCGGGUGGAAUGCUGUGCGAGCGGAAAAGUGAUGUACAACCGGCGGGACGAAUGGUGUCUGCCGCUGCAAAUUCCCCUAAAUCUGGCGACCAACAUCGCUGAGGUUAAAAAGUACGAAGAGGAUCUUGCCCUGGCGGAGAAAGAAGGGCGCCGGCUCGAUCCGGAAGCUUUGGUGCGUCCGAAGAUUCCCCUCAGCGCUUGCUUGGACGCUUUCGCCAAACCGGAAACCGUGGAACAGUUCUACAGCUCGGCUAUCAACGCCAGAACAACGGCGAAAAAGACCACCAAACUGGCCACCAUGCCAGACUUUCUGAUGUUGCAUUUGAAAAAGUUUACCCUCAAAGAAAAUUGGACCUCCGUCAAGCUGGACGUCGCCAUUGACAUUCCAGAGGUGCUCGAUUUGGAAACGCUUCGCGGAUCGGGAAAACAACCGAACGAGGAAGAGCUGCCAGAACUGGCGGAGAAGGCCCCAACACCUCCGCCGAUGGAUCCAGCCGUAGUGCAGCAACUUGCGGAUAUGGGCUUUCCACCGGAGGCCUGCAAGAGAGCUAUCUUUUUCACCAAAAAUUCCGGUGCUGAAGCCGCAACGCAGUGGAUUAUGGAGCACAUUGCCGAUGCCGACUUUGCCGCUCCGUUUGUUCCGCCAGGGACGGACGUCGGUAAGAAUAAGGGUGCGGCUGCCCCGGCUUUCGUUCCCGAUCCGAUGGGGCUGGAGAUGCUGAUGGGAAUGGGUUUUACAGAUCUGCAGGCCUCGAAGGCAUUGAAGGAAACCCAAAACAAUACCGAACGGGCGGUCGAUUGGAUCUUGUCACACACUGACGAGUUGGACAGUUUGGCCCUCGGUGGUGCACUGGAAGAAUCCUCCCUGCAGGCCGGUUGUUCGACCGCGAAUGCAGCAGGGCAAUAUCGGGACGGAGCUGGAAAAUACAAACUGGUGGCAUUUAUCUCCCACAUGGGCACUUCCUCGCAGGUGGGUCACUACGUUUGCCACAUCCUCAAGGACGGCCAGUGGGUGAUCUUUAACGACAACAAGGUGGCUAUCUCGCAGAGCCCACCCAAGGAACUCGGCUAUCUGUAUCUGUACCAGCGAGUCUGAGGCAAUGUUUCUUUCGGGCUGAUUUCAUCACUCUACCAAUUACACUGUUUCCUCUGUUUAUUGCUUUUCUUAAGCUAAUAUUUUUAAACGCUAACUUAUUGUCUAUCGUUAUCGAACAGAACAAGCAAAAAAAAGAAUAAUUAAACAUCAAUCAAUCAACAAGACUAUUUCAAGGGUAGGAUAGUAUUACGCUGCACUGCGCGUGUAUGUGAAGGGUAAGGGACUGACUUCUCAUCCUAGUGGGAUAUUUACAGGCGGGUUUCUCGUCAGUUGAGUUGCGGUUUCACUUGAUUACCACAGCAGAUCGCCGAAGUUUGUCACGUAAUACGUUGCCCGUUUUUGGACUUCUUCACGGACCGCAUUGCCACCGUAGCCUGGAAUAUCGAACAGUUAAGUGUGUUCAUAAAAUAGAAUUCGUAAGUCGAACUUACCAAUGAAGUAAUCAGCAGGUGGACAAGCCUCCAAAUCGGUCAUACCAUCACCGAUCAUCGCCACCACCGUGUUGCUCUUGAAUCGGUUCUUGAUAAGUUUGAUCGCUUCUCCUUUCCCGCCGGAUUUCGACGUCACUUGAGUGGUAUCGAAGCCGGCGUAACUUCCUGUAACAGCAAUCGUCGUUGUUAAACUUCAGUUCAGAAACUUUAUGACAAGCUCAAUUACCGUUAAAGUUAAAAUACAGCUUAUUGGCAAAUAGAUUGCACAGAGGAAUCUCCAGCGCGUCUGCGAUUGGCUCAAUCAGACAAUCGAAUCCUCCACUGACCAGAUAGAUUUCGGCACUGUUUUGCCUCAGCUGAUCGAUCAGUUCCCUGACACCGGCGGAAAUCGUGCUGGGGUAGGACUUGAGAAAUUCGCGGAUUUGCUUUUGCGAUGGUUUGAUGAUGUCUAGUCGUCGCUUCAGUGCUUCCUGGAAGGUCAUGCUACCGCCCAUGGCUUCUUUGGUUCUGGAAAUUUUAAAUAUGUAUCAAUUAAUUGUCCUUUAUUACAGUUGAAAGUUUCUAUCGUACAAUGCAGCCACCUCGGCACCUUUUCCGCAAAAUUGCGCCAACUCGUCAAUACCCUCCUCGGUGAUGAUGGUCGAGUCGACGUCGAAGCAAACGAUCUGCGCCUUUCGUAGCAUGUCCCGGGCCUCCUGGGUCCGUUUGGCGGCAUGAUCCAC